AUUCUCAAACCUUGUAAUCUUGAAGUGUUCAAGGUUCUCUAUUAAUUCCAAUUUAUGAGGAGUUGUUAGUGUAUUUCAUCACAUACUAUAGUUGUUACAAGAAUAGAUUUCUAUCGACAUGGGAAACAAUCUUAAAGGUAUUAAUCGUCUUGAUAAUAUCAAUUUUCCAAGCUACCAUGAACAAUUAGGAAGUAAUGGUGCUAUUGAUGUAACAAAAAUAGAGCAUAAGGUUAUGAACGGUCAUACCGGUGAAUUAUUCGAUAUAGUGAAGUGGAAUUUGUCCUACACCAUAGACAAAUCAAAAUGUAUACUCGAUCUUAGAAGAAUUUCAAACAAAGAAGGAAAAAUCGAUAGUGUAUCUUUUCAACUUAGUGACGAUAGUGGUGAUAUGUAUUCAGAUGGAAAUAUUUGGUUUGUAAUAGCAAAAGACUCAGAUUUUCUCGCAUCUACCUCACCUGCGUUCGUGUUAAAUGGAGGCUUUAAAAAUUGUAGGCAAAAGAAUAAGAAGACUUUUUAUGCAUCAAGUUAUGUUAUGGAAACAUGUGCUUAUCUUUAUGGAAGUGGAAGCAAAGUAGGUUUUCUUGUGGUGGAAGAAAAGAGAAAAAGUGGAGAUAAUGAAAAACCUUGUAAGGUAACUAUAGCACACUAUUAUGCCAUUAGUAGUGGAAAUAUUUUUAGUCAAAAUAAAAUAGAUAUUGGUCUUUCUAUGGUUGUAAGGAUUCAACCAUCAAAUGAAAUUGGUUUGGAUAUUACAAUAGAGGGACCUAUUCAACACCCUUCUGCAGCAUUACAUUACAUGUUUCAUGAAGUGAUGAAAACAGGGAUUUGGAAGCCUACAAUAUGUCCUCAUUGUGCUAGUAUUAAAAGGAAGGAGAGUGAUGAGUUGUUGGAGAGUGAAGAAGAUAGUGAAGAGGAUUUUCCACCACAAGGAUUUUAUGGUCCUAAACUAAAUUUUGGAAGCAUUAUAGCCAAUGGUGGUGCAGUUAGGGGAAAUAACAAUGGCAAUUUGAUUGUGAAGAAACUUUUUCUUAGAAGAUGAUCUUUAGUUAUUUUUUCAUUUGCUUUGUAAUUUUUGUGUGUUUGUUGUUAUCCAAUAAUUAAUGUAAAAUGUCUAAUAGUUUUUAUUAGAAUAAUCGUUAAUAUUAGGCAGGUAUAAAGGGUUAUCAGUUUUAUGAUAUCUAAGAUAAAAGUUUUAUUGUUUCAAGGAAUGUGGUGUUUAAAGAA